AUGCGCUUCUUCGUCGUCUUCUUCUCCAUGCUCGUCGCCGCUUCGGCCUUCUUGUUCCCAUCUUCCGGAGGAGGUGGCUGCGGAUGGUAAGCCCCUUUUUCGAAGCCUUCCAGUCCCUCAUCCAACUCUUUUUCAGUGCCCCACCACCACCACCACCAUCCUGCGGAUGCGGAGGAGGAGCUCCACCACCACCACCACCGGCCUACGCCGCCCCAGCUCCAGUCUACGCUGCCCCAGUCGGAGGAGGCUACGCCGUCGGAGGAAAGUAA